UGGCAGUUGUUUUAUGACACACAAAGUGGUCAUGAACUGCUGGAGGUGGAGGUUACCUUUAGCUGUAAAAAAGCAGAUUCCAUUUCUAGAUAGGAAGAUCUUCAUCAAACGGUACUUGCAAUGCUCAUAAGAGCAUAUCCCAAAAUGUCAAACUACUUCUUUAAGUCACCUAUUAAGCAAAAAUAUCAAACAUUUGCUGGCUUCAGCUUCUCAAAAGUGAGAAUUUGUUGCUGUAACUGUGACUUAGAAAUGAUUUAUCAAUUAAAGAUUAAUUGGUUAUGGAAAUAAUCAUUAGAUAUAGCUCAAAUUACAUAUCAUGUAGCGGAGAGGGAAAGCAACAAAGGCAGAUGAAUCUGAACUUGCAAGUAUGUGAGCCACUAAUAGUCCAAAAGCAAAGACCUGACUGAAAAACUUAAAAUAAUUAGGUCUGAUAUCCACAAUUCAUACACUAUUUCCAAAAUUAAAUGGCUCUUUAAUCCCUCAGCUUUCGCCCUCAUAAGUAUGGAUGGAAGAAUUUGGCCCAAUAGGAGCUCUAUUGUUCUGCCAAGCGUGGAGCUGUAGGUAAAGCUCCCACACGCAGCCAGCCACAGUGAGCUGCUUGGUUUACCUACUUUUUGGCUGUGGAGAGAUUAUACUGGUCACUGAGCAGCUUUGGAUCUAGAGGCCUGGAGGUUAAUGCUGAAGUGAAUGGUGAAUAGGCAGGCCUCUGUAUGAGCACACAUGCAUAGCUGGAAUUUAGAUACACACACACACACACACACACACACACACACACACACACACACACACACAUACACAUGGAUAGAUCAAAUCUCUUUUGGCAUCUCUGGUUUCUCGAAGUACAGCAAAUCUGAUCCACAGUUUACACUUGACGGCACACAGGAAGCAAGAAGGGGAGUGAGGAGAGAGAGGGUGUUGAAAUAGCUGAGAUGAAAUUUUGUAAAUGUUGUUUUGAUGGUUAUAAACUCCAAGACUCUGGCAUGUUCAUUAAGAUGAGAGGUGAGGAGAGGAGGAUUUCAUUUUAUCAGCAAAGUGCCUGUCUCCUUAUGAGAUACCAAAGGUAGACUGAGUAAAGUGUUUACAAAUCCAUUAAAUGCCACAUAGUUUAGAUAUGAGAAGAGCUCAUGUGUGGGGCUGUGAGUAUUCUCAAUUGUGUGUUAGAUAAAGCAUAGAACUUGCGUAUCCUGUAUACCCGUAGGACUAAAUGUUCUGUAAACUCCAUGUUAUCUAAACUGUGACAUUUUGAAGCUUGAGCUCUGAGACCUGGUGACAAAUCUUAUUGUUCUAUAUUUUCCUGUUUGGUUUGAGAGUGACUACUUUCAUGUCCAGCUAGUUGUUUGCUUGUUGUAGCUGUCACAUCCUCUGGUCUUGAACAUGUAGGACGAAUCUGUGUCAUCGUACUGCACACAGCGCUUUGAAUCAGGCACCUCCUCAAUAGGUAAAAUAUAGAAACAAAAGAAGCAGAUUAAAGGGGUCACCAGGGUCAGAUGCAUUUGGGAGAUAAUGCUGUGAAUACUGAGAAUGUUUUGAUAUCCACAAUGCAAAGGCAGGCACGGAUGUUAAGUAGGACCUUGACAGUUGACAUUGAGAAUUCCUCCCCGGCACGGGGAGAAAUGGAGCCAAAACUUUGCUCCAUAAUCGCAGUGGAAAGCUGCGAGGGCAGGGAGGAAUUCUGAUGUGAUGGGGGAGUCCGGGCCAGGGGAGUUUCAGAGGGAGUGGAGGGGCUUCCACUGGAAUGUGCCAAACAUUACUGUCAAGUCAAUGCCAUUCACGCUCGCUCUUUCUUCUCUGUCUCUUUGAAUCUACUAAUAACUGAAUCUGUGGUUCUACAGUUUUCUCCAACAACAUUAUAAACUUUUCUUAAAGGAAUGGUUUGCUUUUUUUUUUUGCAUAUAACGGAUGCUUAUUGGCUUUUUUUUUACAGAGAGUUAGAAGGGAGGCUUGAUACUGCUCUCGUACAGUAAAUGUAAGCCCACAGCCAGCAGUAGGUUAGCUUAGCUCAGUACAAAGACUGGAAACAUGAGGAAACAGCUAGCAUAGCUCUAUCCAAAGGUAACAGAAUCUGCCCAACUAACAUCCCUCCAGCCAAGAAACAGUGCAGCACAUAGUUAAGUCCAAAAACAUGCAGCUGGGAUGGCACAAAACAGUCUGGCAAGUGAAUCGGUAUAUAUACCAGUGAGCCAAUGAGGGAAUGUGCAACAGGUGAGCAGGUGGGUGUGGAAGAAUCAGGUGACUGGAAAGGCAGGUGGAAGUGGCAGGGUCUGAAACAGCAAGACAGUUAGUGAAGGGUAACAGCUAGCUUGGCUAGUCACAUAUCCUCAUGUAAAACCAUGUGUUAUCAAUUUUCCUUUUUUUGGGAGGCCAAGGUGAAGAAGAUCAUGUCCAAGAAAGAGAGGAGGGAGAAGAAGAUGUUCUCCUCUAAAGAUGACGAGCACUUCUUGUUGACAGGAGUCAAACUGGCUGACCGCAGAGGGUCUCACAAGAAAAUCAAAGAUGAUGAGAAGGAGAAGGAGAAGGAAAAGAAGGACAAGCCAGAGAAGGGCCACUGUUUCUGGGAGAGCGUUACCAUGACGAUGAGGCAGAUCUCACCCACCAAAAAGCUUGAGAAGAUGGAGGGCUGGGAGCCGCCUCACCUGGAGAACUUAACCGAGACUGUGACUGACGAAGCCCCUGAGGACAAGAUCCAGAAAGGGGACUCGCCAGUGUCCUUCCCCGAGUCUCUAGGCCUUCCAUUGGAAUUGGCCACCUGGGGUGGCCGGGGUCUGGAAGAGGACUCCUCCCGCUACGCUAACCUGUCGGACUCCAAGGAUUCAACAGCUGCUGUCCGGUGGACGGCUCGCGCCAAAGUCAAGCUGGCCGGUAUCAGCAGAAUGAGCAGAGGGAUUGUGUCAGACGGCGCAUGGGAGGGGUUUAAAUAGUAGCCACUUCAGCUUUGAUACCUCUCCCUCCCUCCUCACCUGUGUACCAUCAAUAAAGAGGAUGAAGACCUGAACCAAAUACCUGCUUGUCUCUGUAGUCUAGUUUUGGAUGAAACCGGUGUUAUAGUCAGCUGGUGUCGCUGUACUGUGGUGAAGCCCUGAACGUAACACAUGUGGUUUGUCCUUAGCGUUUUAGCUUUGAAGUCCCUGAAGACAACAUAUGUCAGUUUUAUCAGUGGGCUUUUGAAUCACUGGCAUUAAUUGUAAAUUACAAGAAAUGAAAGCCUUAAACUACUGUACCAUGUUAACUGUGAUAUACACUGGCCUGGUAUGUAGAUAUUUGAUGUUGCCAAGACAUGAGAAAAGUGAUUUUCAUACACUGUAAUUGUUGUGGCUGUUAGCAGUAGAGAAUUGAUGAAGAAUAUGCAAACCUCCUACUGAAGACUUGAUAAUGUUAGAAUGGUUUUCAGUUCAUGUAUGUCUAUGCAGUUGCAGCACCUGGGCAAAGAAUGUGAGCUUGAAGCCUUAACUUAUACAUUGAACAGCUUCAAAAAUUCUUUUUGCAUCUGGAAUACCAUUGUGUGUGAAUGUCAGUGUGUGUGUGUGAGAGGUAAAGGGAGAGAGUUACAGACGCUUUCUCACAGAGUACGUGAUUUUUUUGGGUGGACAUGCAUGCAUGUUUGUUUCAGUGAAUCACAUUUGGCAUUACAGAGGAGAUCUGAUAGGUUCUGCUGUUGUAUUAUGAGUAUGUAGGAGUAAUGCUGCAUUCAUGUCAUAUCAGCUGUUUCUGACUUGCAAAUAGCGCUCACAGCAACAUCCAAGUUGUAACUGAUUUUUCUGAAAGCUCUGACAUAUUCAGCAAACAAAUAUGUCUGCCUCGAAUCAGCAAAAGACCAUCAGUCAGUGUAAUUAAACACAUUUAUACUUAUAUUGUCAGCAAACAGUGUUUUAAUCAUCAAACGACAUGGUCUUGAUGACAACAACGCUUGCAAGUAUCUUACAUGAGAAUAUUUCCCAUCUCAGCCAUCUGUCUCAAAUGACGUGAACGCAACGUCAGAAAUUAUGUUGUUAAAUGAAAUCAAAGCAACCCCCCACUGUGUCCAAUUGAUAAAUGUUUCAAUCAGAUGCUAAAUAUUUAUACAAUUUGUAAUGAUGAAAAGAGAAAAGCCGAUACCUGCUUUUUGACUCGGUGAGUCCAUGCACCUGUAGUGCAAGUGCCUUGUAUGAAUAGAAGGAUGUUUGCUGUCAGUUUGAACUAAACCAGAUCAUCCUUUGAAUGCAAACAUGCUGUGCUUGUUGCAACACUCAUUCAGGUGCAGGUGAGUCAAUCCAACAUGCACCUGUGCUGCACCAGCAUUGAGACAUUUCCUGGUGUCCAAUAACAAACGGGAGUCUCUAGAUGCCUUGAGCUUCACCAGCAGGGGGAGCUGCAGUGUUUGUGUGCAUUAAAGCCACCUGGCCAGUUCUUUUAACGCUGUGUUUGCUUAUCUGAACAUUGUAUAUACGACUGAAACAAUGAGGAGUAAUUUAAUUUCUACAAUGAUUUGAUUUUUCUUUUAGGUGAAACUUAAAUCAUGCCUAUGGUCUUUGAUUCUCUCUUCUAUUCUUUCCAUUGUUUUAAUCUGUUUACUGACUUUGUUUGAUACUGAAGUCUGCUUCAUCACAGCUGCAAGUGAACACAGAUACAGGUAAACUUCUAAGGAUGCCUGUAUCCUGUAUUUAUCCACUAAAAGGCUGGGUCACAUUUUUUCAAAGCAGAAUAAAGCUCCAGUCUGAC